ACCCCUUGAAACAUCAGCAGAGACCAACCCACGAGUCAUACUGCUUAGUGUCACUUCAACUUGUCAUCUGAAUAUUGAAAUACGUGCAAUACAGUACUGAUUGAACGAAUAUCCGCCACCGAGCCCGACACGACAAACAUGGCGGAUGCCAUUACCGAAGCUACAGCUAAGCUGCAGCUCGACGAGGAGACCGGCGAGAUGGUCUCCAAGAACGAGCUGAAGAAACGUCUUGCGAAGCGCGCAAAAAAAGCAAAGACAGCCGCCAAUAAAGCGGCGGCACCGCCUAAGGAUACUACCGAGAAGGAGAGCAACGCUGCGAAAAAGCCAAAACCAGAAGAGACUCAGCUUGACCCAGACGCCAUGUUUAAGGAAGGAUUUUUGGCCAAGGUCUACGAUGAGCGUCCUACUGGCAAGGACACUGUAACUCGGUUCCCGCCUGAACCCAAUGGAUUCUUGCACCUAGGGCAUGCUAAGGCUAUUGCGAUCAACUUCGGCUUUGCUCGUUAUCAUGGUGGAGUAACGAAUCUUAGAUUCGAUGAUACGAACCCCGAGGCAGAAGAAGAAAUCUACUUCACAUCAAUCAUCGAUGUUGUUGAAUGGCUCGGAUUCAAACCACAUGCCAUUACAUACUCCAGCGACAACUUUCAAAGACUAUACGACCUUGCCGAAAAACUCAUCCAGCUGGAAAAGGCAUAUGUUUGCCACUGCAACGAGGCUGAAAUCAAACUUCAGCGCGGAGGAGAGAAAGGAACAUCGCCACGUUACCGCUGCGUGCACGCCGAGCAGGAUGUCGAGACGAACCUGCAGAAAUUCCGGGAUAUGCGAGACGGGAAAUACCAGCCACAGGCCGCAUUCCUCCGAAUGAAGCAGGAUAUUACUAGUGGUAACCCUCAAAACUGGGACCUUGCUGCUUAUCGAGUGCUUUCAAAGCCACAUCACCGAACCGGUGAUAAGUGGAUUAUUUAUCCCACUUACGAUUUUACACACUGCAUUGUUGAUAGCUUCGAGGGUAUAACCCACAGUCUCUGCACUACAGAAUUCCAGCAAGCGCGAGAAAGUUACGAAUGGCUCAAUAAGACCUUGUCAUUGUACGAGCCGAUGCAGCGCGAAUACGGCCGAUUGAACGUCACUGGCACCAUCAUGAGCAAACGUGGGCUCAAGAAACUGAUUGACGGCAAGUAUGUGCGAGGCUGGGACGACCCACGACUAUACACAUUGAUUGCGCUGAGGAGGCGCGGUGUACCACCUGGCGCAAUCCUCUCAUUUAUCAACGAACUCGGCGUGACCACAGCAAACUCUCUGAUCCAGCUUAAGAGAUUCGAACAGAGUGUGCGCCGUUACCUAGAAACCGCCGUCCCUCGACUCAUGAUGGUCCUGGACCCUCUACCCGUCGUUAUCGAGGAUGCCGACUCUCUAGCGUCCAGCGAACGAGAUCUCAACAUUCCCUUCUCGCCCAAGAACCCCGAAUUCGGAUCUCACCCCCUCCGCCUCACAAACACGGUCUACAUCGACCGCUCCGACUACCGCGAGGUCGAUAGUAAAGAUUACUUCCGUCUCGCACCCGGCAAAACAGUCGGAUUCCUCCAAAUGCCAUACCCAGUCACAGCAACAUCCUUCUCCAAGGACGCAGACGGCAAAAUUACCGAAGUCCGCGCUGUCUUCAAUAAAGAUGGGAAGAGACCCAAAACUUAUAUACAGUGGGUCCCUGAGGGAUCGCGUAAAGUGGAAGUUCGCGUACAUACAGCGCUUUUCAAGUCUGAGGAUCCAGCUAGCGUUGAAGGCGGAUUUUUGAAUGAUAUCAGUCCCAACAGUGAGACUGUUUAUACUGAUGCGCUGAUUGAGCCUGGAUUUGAGGAGGUGCGUCGCCGAGCGCCGUGGCCGGAUACGGAGGGAGAGAAGAAGAAAGCUGGACCUGAGAGUGUGCGCUUCCAGGGGUUGCGUAUUGCAUAUUUUGCCAUGGACUCGGAUUCUACAGAUGACAAGGUCGUCCUUAAUCGUAUCGUGUCUCUCAAGGAAGAUGCUGGAAAGAGUUGAGCAAUAUAAACUUGUACGUUGUUGAUAAUUCUCAUGUUGGAUUUAGCAUCUAGUCAUAGCAGUAUUAGUUGUUUCAAUUGGUUUAUUUUU